GAAUAUGUCCAGAGAGGAUCGAGUUACACUACGCCCCAUGUUUAAGCCCCAGUCAGUGCGCCGUUAGCCGCAGGACAACAGAGGAUAGGAUAGGAUACUGGCCGCCGGGGAACUGUCGGCUCCACACUCAUGCCUUGGAAAAGGGGAAGAGUUUGAAAUUGCUGUUAAUGGGGAGAAAUCACAUUUACCUGGAGUUCUAAAAAUGAUAGAAACAAUGGAUACACAGCGUGCCUUGCAGGCGGUGGAGCGUCUCCAGGCCAAACUGAAGGAGCGGGGGGAGGUGCCCACUGAGGAGAAGCUCAGCCUGCUCAAAUCAGUGCUCCAGAGCCCCCUCUUCCACCAGAUCCUGGCCUUGCAGAAGUCCGUCCAGCAAAUCAGAGACCAGGGGAGUGUAUCAGCGUCACGUGCGAGUGACCUUGACGAUCACGUGGCAGCAGUCAAGCCCAAUGGCGGUCAUGUUUCCUACGCAGAAAUAUCAGCUUCUACACUCAUCAAUGGCAAGACAUCAUCUGAAGAAUUCGAACACGUGAUUCACUCCAUGGCACAGGGGCGAUUCGUGACGCACGUGGACCUGCUGAAGCCAGCGUCAGGAGGCCUGGGGUUCAGCGUGGUGGGCCUGAAGAGCGAGAACCGCGGAGAGCUCGGCAUCUUCAUACAGGAAAUUCAACCGGGAAGUGUGGCUGACUGCGACGGGAAGCUCAGAGAAGCUGACCAGAUCUUAGCCAUCAAUGGCCAGCCCCUGGACAACACAGUGACCCACCAGCAGGCUAUAGCCAUCCUGCAGAGUGCUGCGGAGAGGGUGCAGCUCACGGUGGCAAGAGGUCCGAUACCUCAGCUGGCCAGUCCGGCGGUGUCGCGCACGCCUUCUGCUGCCAGUACACUGUCAGCCAACUCCAGCGCGUGGCAGCACGUGGAAACGAUUGAGCUGGUCAACGAUGGCACUGGUCUUGGCUUUGGUAUUGUGGGAGGAAAGACCACCGGGGUUAUUGUCAAAACCAUCCUUCCUGGAGGCAUAGCUGAUCAGGAUGGCCGCCUGCGCAGUGGAGACCACAUCCUGAGAAUAGGAGACACUGACCUGCACGGCAUGGGCAGCGAGCAGGUGGCGCAGGUCCUCAGGCAGUGUGGCAACAGGGUGAAGCUGGUGGUUACUCGGGGUCCCGUGGACGAGAAUCCCUCCCUCUCUGCCGUCAUGCCUGUGGUGCUCCCCACUGUCAACGAACAGGGCUACGAGGAAGAGGAGGAUGAGGCAUUUGAUGUGAGCCUUACCAAAAACACACAGGGGCUGGGGAUCACUAUUGCAGGCUAUGUUGGAGAUAAAAAUUCAGAGCCCUCUGGCAUUUUUGUUAAGAGCAUAACAAAAGACAGUGCCGUAGAUCAAGAUGGCCGUAUUCAUGUCGGAGACCAGAUAAUAGCUGUCGAUGGCGUAAACAUCCAGGGAUACACCAAUCAGCAGGCAGUGGAGGUGCUCAGACACACGGGCCAGACAGUCCACCUUAAGCUGAUCCGGCGGGGCUUCAGGCCUGAUGAGAUCCCCCCCGCCGUGGCCCCCAGUGUCACCAUCCUGCCCCCUUCCACCACCAUUCCCACCACAACCAUGGUCAUGAUGGAGCUGGAGCUGGAGAGGAAGGUGGCUGAGGAGGCUGCUCAAGUCACCACAGAUGAAAAGGCGCUGCAGACAAAGAGUGAAGGAUCUGAUGUCAGCCCAGCCACGGAUCAGCUAACAGAAGACAAACAUGGGAUGAAGCUAACAGCCUUUGAAGAGGAGGAACUAAUGAAGAAGUGGCAAGAGAUUCUGGGUCCAACUAAUGAAGUUGUUGUAGCUCAGGUGGAGAAGUUCAGUGAGAGCAGUGGCCUGGGUAUCAGUCUGGAAGCCAACAGUGGGCAUCAUUACAUCCGCUCUGUUCUACCUGAGGGACCUGUCGGUCGCUGUGGAAAGCUGUUCAGUGGAGAUGAACUGCUUGAGGUCAAUGGUAUAUCCCUGAUUGGUGAAACCCACAAGGAAGUAGUCAGAAUCUUGAAGGAGCUUCCACUUUGCGUAUACAUGACAUGCUGUAGGCCCGCCCCUCGCCUGCAGACUGACAUGGAUGCUGUCCAGCCAGAAUCUGAGACUUUGUCUACAGUGUCUAAAUUAAAGAAACAAAUAGACCUGAGCAGCGUGUUGGUUGCUGAAGACUCAGAGGUGAACACAGCAGCAGCGACACAGGAUAAUGUGACAGAGGAGGCGAUAGGAUCUCCUUUGGCCAUGUGGGAGCUGGAGAUCCAGAAUAUCGAGCUCGAAAAGGGAGAAGGGGGAUUGGGAUUCAGCAUACUGGACUACCAGGACCCACUGGACCCGGCCAAGACCGUGAUCGUGAUUCGAUCUCUGGUUCCCAACGGUGUGGCCGAGCAGGAUGGCAGACUGUUGCCAGGAGACCGGCUCAUGUAUGUUAACGCCACCAACCUGGAGAACGCCAGCCUGGAGGAUGCCGUCCAGGCCCUGAAGGGAGCCAACCUCGGAAAGGUCCAGAUAGGAGUUGCCAAACCACUGCCUGGAAUAUGUGGAUAUUCCCACUCUCCACACCCAUAUGGUGAGCAGGAGAUUACAUCAUCAUCCACCAUCCAUUCAUUUGACUUCAACAAUAUUUUGGUUGAAGAAGGAGAGGAAGAAGGACUGGCUGAGGGCAUCGUUUACCGAGCAGAGCCUGCAUUGAUCGACACCAGCGAAGCAGACCUGUCUGAUGAGAAGGUGUUAGAUCACACUUACUCUGGGAUAGAGGACGACACUUUCCAGGCAUCCAUGAUUGCUCUUCAUGGCAGCAGCUGUAGUGCAGACCUGGAUUACUUGCACUCAUCUACGCCCAAGCUGACAGCUCGCCUGGACUUGUUGGAUGAGCAUCCCUGUUUUGCAACACCAUCCGGCCUUGCAGACAACACUCGGUCGUUCCCCCCGGAGGAGUCUGCCUCGUUCACUCCUCCGAGUUUAAGAGGUCACGUCCCGACUUUUAAUGCCAUACUGAGCAGCUCUGAUCAGUUCUUGGCACAGCACUCGGCCACAGAAGAAGCAGUGGAGGGCUUGAACUCAUACAGCCCGUUUGCUGAGAUAGGGACCAGAUCGUCUGUCCCAGAUGAACCCGUGGAGUCUCUUCACUAUCAGAAUGAACCACCCAUGACUUUUGGAGAUAUUGCAGACAUGAAGAUUUUGAUCAAGGAUGAGGAGGCUGGUGUGAAUGAAUCAGCAGAAGACGGUGACAAGGAAAGACUGACCUCGGGGAGCAAUUUUGAAAGGACUAUCACAGUUGUCAAGGGCAACUCCAGUCUUGGGAUGACUGUGAGUGCCAAGAAAGAUGGUUUGGGAAUGCUGAUCCGCAGUAUAAUCCAUGGUGGAUCCAUUAGCCGCGAUGGACGUCUGGGUGUUGGCGAUCUCAUCCUGGCCAUCAAUGGAGAGCCCACAGCCAACCUGACCAAUGCUCAGGCUCGCGCCAUGCUUAGAAGACAUUCACUCAUUGGGCCAGACCUGGGAUCUGCUUGUGCACCUGAGGACGAUCUGUGCCCAUUUUAUGUCAUUACAUAUGUUCCAGCAGAGUAUCUGGAGGAGUACAAGGCCAGCCUAGAGCAGGCUAAAGAUGAUGUCUUCUCUGAAACAGCUCCUGUCACAGUUCCAGAUCCAAAAGACAUUCCUAACCUCCCUGAACGGGAAGAUGGAGAGGGAGAGGAAAGUGCCUCGUACAGCAACUGGAACCAACCUCGGAAAGUGGAGCUCUUCCGAGCGCCAGGCAAGUCCCUGGGUAUCAGUAUUGUUGGGGGCCGAGGGAUGGGCAGCCGGCUGAGCAACGGAGAGGUGAUGAGGGGUAUUUUUAUCAAGCACAUCCUGGAGGACAGUCCGGCUGGACAGAACGGGACCCUGAAGCCUGGAGACAGAAUCGUAGAGGUGGAUGGAGUGGAUCUAAGAGAUGCUAGUCACGAGGAGGCAGUGGAGGCCAUACGCAGGGCAGGCAACCCUGUCUCCUUCUUGGUCCAGAGUAUUAUCCACAGGCCCCGGAAGCCGCCCCUGCCCUUUCCGCAGCUAAAUAGCCAGCGUGAGUUGAGUCUUCGCUGCACUAAUCAAACCUACUUAGCACCUGCCUUCCCUCAGUCAUCAGUAACAGACUCCAGUGAGGACAGAGCUGCAGCUAUGACAAGGGACAGCAAGGACAAGGAGGGUUACAGUCACAGUAGACUUUUCCUCCGCCUCUCCCCAACUAACCCUUUCACUCCUACCCCGUUUAAGCCGGUGAAGCGUGAAGCGGCGAAGGCAUCUCCCACCAGUGCUGUCCUCCCCCUGCCAGUGGUGCCCCAUGUGGGAGAGACUGAUACAGACACGCUGACAGAGAUUCCUGGCAGACCUGCUGAGGCAGAGGAGGAGGUGGAGGAGGAGGAGGUGGAGGAUGAGUUUGGAUACAACUGGAAGAACAUAAUCCAGCGAUAUGGCAGCCUGCCGGGUGUCCUACACAUGAUUGAGCUGGAGAAAGGCAAGACAGGACUGGGCCUCAGCCUGGCGGGGAACAGGGACCGCUCUCGCAUGAGUGUGUUCGUGGUGGGAAUAGACCCCAAUGGGGCGGCCAACAGGGACGGACGUAUGGUGGUGGGGGAUGAGCUGCUGGAGAUCAAUGGGCAAGUCCUUUACGGCCACAGUCACCAGAAUGCAUCCUCCAUAAUCAAGAGCUCUCCAUCUAAAGUCAAAAUCAUCUUUGUCAGGAACACGGAGGCGCUGAACCAGAUGGCUGUGGGACCUGUGAGAGAACCCGAGGGAGACACAGUGGAGCCUCACGCUGAGAUAGAAACAACUGCUGCUAACAGCGACGCCGAAACGUCAAAAUAUGUGCAUCACAGCAUAAAGCUGAAGGAGGACGGAGGACUUGGCAUCUCCUUUGUGGAGGGGAACACUGAGACUGGAGUUGAGAUUCAGAGUAUACCUGAAGUGAAAGGACACACGGGCAAAGAGUGCUGCAUGAAACCAGGGGACAAACUGUUAGCUGUGAAUGGUGAAUCAGUGCUCGGCUACACUGUGAAAAAGGUCAAUUCUCUACUGAGAAAAGCCAAAGGUCCAGUGAAGCUAACGUUCUCUACAAAUGAGACCCCCUCCUCCUUCUCCUUUCCUCAGUCAUCCAGCCAAGAUGGGGACUGCUCGGAUGACGCAGUUGCCAGCCUACCUAGCAUGCCUGUUGCUGCCACAGCUACCCUGAGUCAACCAGAGCCAGACGCAGUUGCUAGCCCGAGCCGCUCAUCCACCCCUUCCACUCUGGCCUGUGACCCUGCGACCUGUCCCAUCAUCCCCGGCUGUGAGACCACCAUUGACAUCUCCAAGGGCCGCACGGGUUUGGGGCUCAGCAUCGUGGGAGGCUGUGACACCCUGCUGGGGGCCAUCAUUAUCCAUGAAGUUUAUGAAGAAGGGGCAGCCUCGAAAGAUGGCAGGCUUUGGGCAGGAGACCAAAUCCUAGAGGUGAACGGCAUCGACCUGCGCGCAGCCAGUCAUGACGAAGCCAUCAAUGUGCUGCGGCAGACACCACAGAGAGUGCGUCUGACAGUCUUCAGGGACGAGACGCAGUACAAGGAGGAAGAUCUCUGGGACUCGUUCACUGUGGAGCUUCACAAGCAGCCUGGCCAGGGCCUGGGCCUGAGCAUCGUAGGGAGGAGGAAUGACACGGGAGUGUUUGUGUCCGACAUUGUGAAAGGAGGUUUGGUUGACACUGAUGGCCGACUCAUGCAGGGCGACCAGAUCCUGUCAGUCAAUGGUGAGGAUGUCAGGUCGACUACACAGGAAGCUGUGGCUGCACUACUCAAGUGCUGCGUGGGGCCUAUAAAAAUGGAAGUAGGGAGGUUUAAGGCAGGCCCCUUCCACUCGGAAAGAAGGCUGUCUCAAAGUAGUCAGAUGAGUGAAUCAGGCAGCACCAAGGUGGCCUCACAGUCAUGCUUGGAUUCUGGGAACCGUCCCAGUGAUCCCGAAAAACGAAGUAGGAGUCCUGAUGCUCUGGAGCAGCAGGACACCAGAACAGUUGAGUUCACGAAAGGUCCCAAUGAUUCUUUGGGGAUCAGUAUAGCAGGGGGUGUGGGCAGCCCUUUGGGUGAUAUCCCUAUCUUUAUCGCCAUGAUGAAUCCUGUCGGCCUGGCCGCUCAGACCCAGAAGCUCAAGAUCGGGGACCGCAUUGUCAAUAUCUGUGGGACCCCUGCUGAAGGCAUGACCCACUCACAGGCUGUCACUCUGCUCAAGAACGCCACAGGCACAAUACAGCUGCAGGUGGUAGCAGGUGGCGACACCACCGUGACGGGUCCCUCUCAGGAGCAGGCAGCUGCAAGUCUGACACCCAGCUGCAUCUUUCAGGAUGACCUCGGCCCACCUCAGUAUAAGACCAUAAAUCUUGAAAGAGGACCAGACGGCCUGGGUUUCAGUAUAGUCGGAGGGUACGGCAGCCCCCAUGGAGACUUGCCCAUCUAUGUUAAAACUGUUUUUGGAAAGGGAGCAGCAGCAGAGGACGGACGCCUGAAGCGAGGGGACCAGAUAAUGGCGGUUAACGGGCAGACCCUGGAGGGCGUCACUCAUGAAGAAGCUGUCGGCAUCCUGAAGAGGACCAAAGGAACUGUCACGCUCACUGUGCUUUCAUAGACUCACAAUUGCACAAAUUUAUCUUCACUACUUUUCCAAAACUUCUUAUCACACCAAAAGUUAAUCCACUUCUAUAACGACAAACUUUAAAAUAGCAACACACCUCGCAGGUGUGAUGUCGUGUCUAGCGGUAGAAGUCGAACCCGCAAUAUUUCACAACUAGAAGAUUGUGUGAAAGUCAGCAGAUGUUCAUCUGUGAAAAUAUGCACACUGAAAUAGGAACAACUAUUUACCGAUAAUCAUGAAGAAGUUUAUUGCUCAAUGUAACUUUGAACACUGUGAUGCACAAAGUCUGCAGUAAGUAGAGUCAUGUAUGUUGUGAUAACUAAAGCUAAAAGAGCUUUUCACUGUCACCUCAAUUGCUCUCAAAAUAAUAUGUAGAGUAGAAAUGAAGUAUGAAUUUAUAGUUUGCCAUACAGUUUUAAUUUGUUGUUACAUGAAUCUCCAAGAGGUUGUAAAUAGUAGGAUAGUAUGAUGUGUUCACACCAAAUGUUAAGCAAGUUUUUUGUGCAGCGACAUCACAUACAAACUUAAUGCAGAAACAUGAAUAGACAGGAGUUUGUGCUGGGCAACGCAAAUGACGUGAUGAGAACAUGCAAAAUUUGGGUAUUUGCACAAGCUGAAAUUUUUAAACUUACACAAGAAAUUUGUGUGAUGCAAUGAUGCAAAAGCCUACUAGGGGUGAGAUCUUGUUGAAAUUUUCCUGACAUGAAAUGGAGAACAAACUUAUUGUUGCCGUCUGUUGGCACCCACUCUACCACUCACUGUCAGGACCUUACAGAGACAGAAGAGAGCUUGAAGAUAAAGUGGGAUUUAUACUUGUGUGUCAGCUCUAUGCAGAGCUUAUGCCAUUGUAAGCAUUUAUACUUUUUAUGAUGUGUUGUAAAGUUUAGUUGAUUCAAAACACACAUUAAACAUGGCUUAAUAGAGACAGUUUCAAACACAAGUACACAAAUCAGCUUCACUUUAACUUGCAGCAUUCACAGACAAAGCACUUGUCUUUAUCUGGACACAUUUUCCCCAGAAAUACAACAUGCUAAUGUUUUUAGCACAAGCCUAUGGCAUUUUACACUGUAUAAAUUAGCCUCGUGGCUAGCGGACUUUUCCCAUGGGAAGCCAGUGACAACAGCAACAUUUAACAAUGGUAACGUUACAAAGUUUGGCUCCAUUACAACUCUCAAGGUUCACCAACAAAACAACUGUCUUAUACUAAAUGUGCUUUCCAAACAAAUGUACCACACAAACAUUAUUAGCACAAUCCUAUUGCUUGACAAGCGGAGAUUUCCUCUGCUCAUAUGAAGCCAGGAUAAAUCACACACAAGACUUAAAAUGCUACUUCUGUGGAGGCUUCAUUGUAUUCACACAUUUAUUGUUUCUUAUCUGUGAAAGCAAAGUAAAUAAAAGUUUCAUUUCGACUGAGGAAAAUGGUUUCAGCUUACAAAAACAGACAGGAGGUCUGCCUCGCUGCAACGUGUAGUUACAUUUCUGGGGAGAUGCACAUCGUAGGAUACGGCAUAGGUACUGUGUCUACGUCAACGCAGACCUACACCGUAGUUACAGAGUUGAUUUGACUCAAAAGUAUAAAUCCUGCUGAAGUGAGUGAAGCCGUGGGACUACUCAUGCUAAUGCUCUAAGUAGCCUAAUUAGAGUUGUUUCGUAAUUGUUCAACUAUUGGUUUUACUUAACUACGAACCAAGUUAGCCGUUAGCUGCCUUCCCCAGUUAGUAGCACAAAUGUUAGCACAACUCUUGAGGGCGAAUUUGCCAUUUGUGAAACAGCCCAAAAAACACUCCAGCAGCCAUAUUCAGGGAGUAGUGUGAGGCGAAACUUUGCUUUGUGUUUUGUGUGAACACAUCAUUAGCUAUCUCAUCUGACUUACAUUCCAUUGCUCUGGAUUGAAGUAUUCACUGAACAUAGUGAUUCAAGUAUUUUGCGGUUUCCUGUAUUGAAAUGAAUGGACUAUAAGAUCAUUAUUUACACAAGUAUUUUACAACAGAGAGAACCCUAGAGCAAUAUCAGAAUAUUUCUACAGAGGAGAGGCCUAUUUUUCAAGGUUCUUUACAGUCUGGGGUCCACUUAUAGGGGUGACCUCCCAAUAAAUUCAGAGCAUGAAACAGCAUGAAAACGCCCGUGAGGCAAUUAACAGAUUAGCAGAAUUUAGCUAAUGGCUAUAUUAGCUGAUAACAGCAUUAUUCGUCUUUUAUAUUGCACUGCUGUUGGCAAUUCAUCAUGCUGAUUUUCCUAAAAGGUUGAUGCUGCUGUAACUGGUGUUAAUCAACUUAUCAUGAAGUCACUGUUGUUUUAGCAGAAGUGGCCAAUAGAGCAUUUUGAAAUGCUGCUGGCCAGAAGUCUGAUAUUGUAAAUACACAGAAAGAUGUGAAAUCCUUAAACAAAGAAGCGUGCUUCGAGUGCACAUUUGACGAAAUGAGGAACUGUGUGUGUGUGUGUGUGUGAGUGUGUGUGACCAACUCACUGAAAUAUAGUGCUGCUAAAGCCAAUAUGUAAGGUAUUAUGUCAGUAUUUGGAUUUUUUUUUUUUUUCAAGUAUUAAUGUGCACAGAGGAGCAAACGACCUGCUAUCUAUGUUGGAGUGGAUGAGUGGUUCUUCUGAAGUGUUUAACUUGUCAAAUGAUUAUAUAAAGGACCUGAGCUCAUAUCGACCUUACUGUUUACCCAAAACAAAGUCAUGGAGUGUGUAGUUUCUGAAGCCAUUAGGCAUGUGUUGUGUGGUCUAGUUUAUGGGGGAGUUGUCUGUUCUCUGUCUUAUCACCUUAAAUAUGUGUCUCUAGCACUGUCAAUGUGACAGUAUUGAAUCUAUUCACACUGAAUUAAAUAAAAGUGACCUUUGGAUUCAGUCGCCUUUGCAUUUUCAUAAAUAAAUCCACCCAGAAAACUCUGUAGAGUGACGAUAAACUUAAAUAUAAAAAUAUAAUGCUAUUAAAUGAAUAAUAGCCGAGCAUUAUGAA